CCUAAGCCAGGAUUGAAGGUGAAUCCAAUUUAGAAAAACACCCUUGAUGAACAAAGCAUGAAGCAAAGAGGAAAAUUUGCGUGGCUGCUCUGAUGCAUGGUGGCACAGCAGUGUGGGGACCAUCUCCAGGUGGCCGCUGAUGGGACUUAGGAUCACUCAUUAUAAAAGGGAAGUCUUGACUCAGCCCUGAGCAGUGGAGCUGGCCAUCCUUGAGGAUUACAGGAGCUGUUUAGACCAGGGGAAAUCUGGUUUUACCACAGGAGGCAACUGAAGUAGCUUGUGAAUAUAAACACCUUGGGAUCUGUCAUUAAAAAAAGGCAAAAAAUCCAUCUUCUGAACUCCGCCGCAGCCAGAGAUGAGCCUGAGGAAAGCAGAGGAGAUAAGAGCUUGACGUUUACAUGGUGAAGGACGGCUUGUGACAUUGAACUAGAAAUUUGACCUCAAGAUGACUGUGGAGGAUCUGCGGGCUUCGAGCACCCCUUUCUCGCUAUCCUUUUCAGGCAGUGGCUUUCUUGCCCUGUACCAGGUUGGGGUGGUGCAGUCCCUCCUGGAGCUGGCUCCUGAGCUGCUCAAAUCCGCCUGCAAGGUCUAUGGCUCAUCUGCUGGCUCACUCAUCGCUGCCGCCGUGGUGUGUGGCAUCAGCCUCGAUGACCUAAAGGAAUUUUUCUUUGCAACUGCCAAGGAAGCCAGGAAAACCAUUCUGGGCCCUCUCUCUCCCAAGUGCAGCUUGCUGGCAAAUAUCAGGGCUGUUUUGCAGCGGAGGCUGCCAGAGGACUCCUACCAGGUGGCUUCGGGGCGGCUGCACAUCUCACUCACGCGUGUGGUGGACGGACAAAACGUCAUGGUCUCUGAGUUCAGCUCGAAGGAGGAGCUCAUUCAGGCUCUCCUCUGCAGCUGCUUUCUUCCUAUCUACUGUGGGUUCAUCCCUCCAUCCUACCGAGGUGUGCGAUAUGUUGAUGGAGGAUUCACAGGUCUGCAGCCUGUCUCCAGCUUGGAGGAAGCCGUGAUCACUGUGUCCCCAUUCACGGGAGAGCUCGAUAUCUGUCCACGGGACUGUCCCGCCAUCUUCUACUGUUUCCAGAUCUUUAAUGGCAGCAUUCAGAUCUCAGUAGAAAACCUGUGCAGGAUCAGCUAUGCCCUCUUUCCGCCUAGCACCAUGAUCUUGAACGACAUUUUUUCCCAAGGGUACCAGGACACUGCCCUUUUCCUGUGUAGGAACAAUGCCUUUGGCUUUAACUACUUUGACGGCAAUUUCCGCUUUGCCAGCAUGUGUGGGAAGAGUGACUUUCCACAGCCCAACGGGAUGUUGAACAGCCUGGGCAAACGGGUGCCACAGUACCUGGUGCCACACUUCCUUCCAGGCCUGGCUCGGUGGAAGAAGCAGGAGAUGUUCAGACUGCAGGAUCCACUGUCAAAGGUCCUGUUGCAGCCAUACAAGCUGCCGGCUUUUCUCAAGAAGGGGUUGAAGCAGCUGUGGAAGCUGCUGGAAGACAUUGUCACCCUGGCAAAACAUUUCCAGAAGCUCCUCCAAACUGUGGUGCCUGGCUUGCCUAAGAGAGCCAUGGCCAGGGGGUAACCAUCCUGGAUGGGUCCUGGGGUUCUCCAACGCCAAGUAGUUUUCCAUACCAGGAAGCAGUGGGUGACACCAGAGAUCAUUUCACAUGGCUGCGUGGUUGCUCUCUUUGUGGAGUUUUACAGGGGUGGCUUUUUCACUUGGGAAAUGGGCUGAUUUUGUUUCUAGAAUUAUUGCUGCAGUCUCCCCAUCCAGGCCUGACCACCUUUAACAUGAUGGCCAAGUAAAAGCACUGCAGUUUUGCAUCUGCAGCCAAACCACAGGCUGCACAGGAGGGAUCCAGCAUCUUUACUUGCAUGCAUGUAUGGCCCAGCCACUAUUUUACCUAGCCACUGACCACCAGAAGCAUCCCUCUCCCUUCCUUAAUCCAGACUGCAGGACAGGCAUUUGCCAGGAAAUGUUACAUUUUAAAUGUGUCAAAAACG